AUGAGCGUAACGUUGGAAUAUUUAUAUGUGUAUAAAGAUACUACAAGUAAAAGAGGAACUGCCGUCAAUGAUUUCAUUCAUAUGGUGGCUGAAAAACCCAUAAAAUAUGGCAUUAUUGGAUUACUCGCAUCUAGUGUCUCCGAAGUCGUAUGCUUAACUACGAAGGACUGGAACUUGGCAACGAUAUCUUCCAGUUCAGUUUCUGUUACUAUGAAUAAUCGAGACAAAUUUCCCUAUUUUUAUCGUACUACAUUAUCGGAUGCGUCUUACAUCGAAGCUCAAAUUACUUUCGUAAAGCAUUUCAACUGGAGUAACAUCGCCGUUGUUUACGAUAUUUCUUCAACUUAUUCGCCGACAGCAAGUCUGUUAAUUAAUCGAUUACGAGAAAGCAAUGUAACAGUAGGAUCUUCACUGGGAGUGCUCCAAAUAUAUGAUCAUGCGAUAGAAAAUAUUAAGGGUAAGAUUUCGCUACCACAGCGAAGAUGUAUUUAUCAAGUUUUAAGUUUACCACUAAAAUACUAUUUUUGUUUAGCACUUAGUAAAGCUUAUUAUAGUAAAAUCUAUGGAAAGAAAUAUAUUUGGAUAUUUCCUGGCUAUUACCCAGAAAGAUGGUAUCAUAUUGCUGAUGAAGAUGUUGCAAGUGUUAAUUGUACUACGGAACAACUUUUCGAGGUCGUUAAAUAUUCUUUUGCAAUUUAUCGAUCUUUUAAUCGGAAUGAAAAUGUAACGAAAACAAUAUCUGGCAAGAUCCAUGACCACUUAAAAGCUUACACAUAUGAUGCUAUGUGGACAUUAGCGUUAGCCCUUAACGCUACAGAUACUCAAUUAAGGGAAAAUAAUCGAUCACUAUUAGAAUUUACCUACAGAAGCUCACAUAUCAUGAGAAUCAUUAAUAAAAAAAUUAAGGAAUCAUCAUUUCAAGGUCUGACGGGUCAUGUUUCUUACAAAAAAAGGGAACGAGUUGAAAAAGUUCACAUACUACAACUGCAAGGUAUAAUUGUUCCAUUAAGCUAA